UUUGCGUUACUUGUUUUGUCGGAGAAGAUGACUUCUUCGUCGUGGGAGAAGCAACUAGUGGAAACAGCUAAAGAGGAACUCGAGAUUCUUCACUCUCAAUACCCCAACCGCUUCUCCUACCUCAAAUCCGAUCUUCAAUCUUUCAUUUCUAACCUCCGUGAACAUCACGCGCCGCCGCUUAUCCCCUCCUCCUCCGUUGUCCUCACUCAAGAGUCAUCAAACUGUAAGUAUAAACAAAAACAUAAGAAGAGAAAGUGUGUGAUGGAGAAUUGUGGAGACCAAGCAUCUUCGUCAACAAUGGGAAAGAUCCACAAGAACAAUAAUAACAAGAUGAUAAGUCAGAGAGUGGUCAAGAAGAGAAAAAGUAGAGUUGAAAUGGUUCUUGAGAGGGCUCAGCUUUGUCUCCAGAAGAUAAGAGAUGUCAAAGCCUCUUUGUCUUGACCCUUUUUCUUGUUUACAUCUUUUGGUUGAAAUGUUAGUAUUAAGGAAAAAAUAGUUAUCGUUUGAGAAAUGUAUUGCAAGUGAUUGAAAAGUAAA